CACUGAUUUGGUAACACUGAUUCAGAAGCCUGUGACUUCUACCCAAGAGACAGAAGGCAACUCAUUUGAGGCUCCCCAGCAGACCUAUGGCCAAGCCCUAGUCUUCACAAAUUCUCAGCACAGCACUCAGAUGGCAUCUGGAACUGACGGCUCCACUGCUGUAAACAUUUAUUCUCCUCAAAGUCUGUCUACAGUUCUUUGUUCUGGCUUUGAAGAACUUGGAUCCUCUAAAUUGGCAAACUCUACUGGAUCCCAAAUCUUGAACCAGUUGAAAUCUCCAAGUUUCGGUCAGUUUGCCUCUCAACAAAACAACAGUAGCUCUUCUACCACUACUACAACUACCACAUCAACCUGGGAUCUAAACCAACCCAUUACUCAGUCCUCCAUCCUUAGACAGUCUGACUUUCAGUCACACCCCGAACCAUCCCCAGUUCUGAGCCAGCUGACCCAGCAACAACAAAUGCAUGCCGUCUCUGUUCUUCCACCUGGGAUGGAGUCCUUCUCCUCCCAGGUAAAACUCCAGAAACCAUCACCAGUAGACAAUGCUACAGCUGUUAGCAAAAUGUUACAGCUCCCCAUUAUAUCUAUGGAUGACCAGGCAGUUACCACUCAUCAAACUCAACACAAACAGAUAAAACCACUGAAACGGAGGAUAACUCCAGCAUCCAAGAUUCCUGCCUCUGCAGUCGAGAUGCCUGGAUCAGCAGAUGUGACAGGGUUAAAUGUUCAGUUUGGAGCUCUGGAGUUUGGAUCAGAGCCUGCACUCCCAGAGUUUGGAUCAGCUUCAAGCAGUGAGAAUACCAGCCAGGCGGCAAACUAUAGCUUGUACUCAGAAUGUGUAAAUGUUCCUUUGAAUACAUCUUUGCCAAUAUCCAAUACAGUACAGGAGUCCACCUACACAACAUCUGCCAUCACCUCUUCCAGUCUGACCUGCUCAUUCCAGAGCACCAGCCCAGUAACAACAACUUCCUCCUAUGACCAGAUUUCUGUGCAUAGUAGGAUAUCAUACCAAAGCUCCGUUGCUCUGUCUGAAUUGACACCUGUUGCAGUUACG